UGUGGUAACAUGCAUAGGAUUAUUUUGAUUUAUAGCGGUUUUCCGCUAUUCUUUUGGCUGAUGUUUUUAUCGGUUAGUGUUAGUGAUGGUGAAUAUUGGAAUGAAACACAUAUGUUCGGUGAUUUUCAAGCCAGGCGCGAAGGAAGGAAAAUACGACCCUUUAAAAAUAAUUUGCUAACAUUUGAUACUAAAGAAAAUAACAUUGAGGUUGCCUUCGAAUUCUCCGUGCCAUUUAUAUCGAUCCCAGUUAAGCGAUCAAUUGAUGCCGUAAAAAGUACUGUACUCGGUCCAUUAGCAAAUCUUAACACCGGAGCAAUCGUGUUUGCAGGGGUUAUGGUUUUGGCUGGUGCUCUUGCAUCAUAUUUAUGGCGAUCGAUAUCUCAACUUAAAAGUCAGUUGACUGAUUCGGACUCUCCAACCAACAGUACCAAAUUUGAGAGAAACGACGAUUUAAACAACAACAAACUGAUAAGAGUGCUGAAUUUCUUGGAGAAAGCUCUUGAGAAAUAUGACAUAGAACCAACCGUCUGCUCACAACGCAUGAUUUGCAUACUCAGUAAACGAUCAGCUGAAAACGUUAUAAAUGGUCAUGGAAGCAGCACGGAUAAAAUUCUUGACGGCAUUUUUAGCUCAAAGUGGUUUCUGGAUAAAGUGGCUGGUACUGCAAUUGAUGAUGCGAUUAGGGCCGCAAGAUAUGUCAUCGAUUGUGACAGAAAAUACUAUGGAUGUAAAUUGAAGAAUACUAGCUUGGAAAACAUGUUCGAAAUUUUUAUACGAAAUAUGAAAAAAUAAUCUAGCGGAAAAUUGGUCAACAGAAAAAUUAGUUCAAUUUUUAACAAAUUAUUGUACAAAGUAGACGACAUUGUUGAUGCAUGAUGUUGAUAUUAUAGUCAAA